CCCUCUCCGAGGAGAGAAGCAGCAGCAGCUCCCCCCCAAAACCCUAGCUAGCUUCAGCCCCGCCUCCGCCCUUCCCUCCCUCCCCGACCAGCCGCCUCCAAGAUGAAGCUCGUCAGGUUCUUGAUGAAGCUGAACAACGAGACGGUGACGAUCGAGCUCAAGAACGGCACCACCGUCCACGGCACCAUCACUGGUGUUGAUAUCAGCAUGAACACGCACCUGAAAACUGUGAAACUCACAUUGAAAGGGAAAAAUCCUGUUACCCUUGAUCACCUUAGUGUGAGGGGAAACAACAUCCGCUAUUACAUUCUUCCCGACAGCUUAAACCUGGAGACGUUGCUGGUUGAGGAUACGCCAAGGGUGAAGGCUAAGAAGCCAACUGCAGGGAAGCCUUUGGGGCGUGGGCGCGGCCGUGGUCGUGGGCGCGGUCGUGGCAGGGGACGCUGAGCUUCACUCCAAUUCCCUAUCUUGGAAACUUUUGCAUCUGUGCAAAUGUAAUCUCUGCUCUCGUGCUAGAUGUACGGAGUAGUGUUCUGAUUAUGGCGAAGACGUUAGAUGUCAGCACCCAUCACUUCAUUAUCGAUUUGGAAUUUUCCUGUUGGUGUUUGACCCAGAUGUUCCUUGUUCAAGAAUAUGCUAUGUUACGUUUGUAAUUACUGUGCCAUGAACUUCUGACCAAUAUGGGAAAUUUGCAUUCCAUC